AUAAAAAAUGAUUAAUGUUAGAUCACGUGAUAUGGAACAUAUUUUAUUUUUCUAUUUUUCUAGAAGAAUAAAACCAGGCAGUAACAACUUUUUAAACACGUUUUCGUUCAUCAUUCUUUUGAGAAAAAAAUUAAAUAAUAAAUGUUUACAUAAACAAAAAUUUUCCCAAGGAA